CACGGAAAAGUCACGUUUCCAUAUCUUGGAUCUCCCCCUUCCGUCACUCACACUCUAAUAAGAGAGAGAAAAAGCGUCGGUGGGUAAGGGGGAGAACACACUCACUUGCACACUAUACCGUACUUACUACUUAGGCAUUCAAUCACUUUCCAUUUUAUUUCAUUUCCCCUUUUAAUUUCUCUUUCUUUCAAUUCUUCCCCCAAAUUUAUCUCUUACGUUAGUCCCCUUUCCUUACAAAUCAAAUCAAACCCUCAUUUUCUUCCUUCAAAUCUCACAAUUCGAUCUUAAUUAUUUCAUUCUCUUAUCUCCAUUUCGUAAUUAUUCUGCGAUUUGGAGAGAGAAUCAAAGAGCAGACCUAGAUUUUGAAGAAAAUGGAGAAAUCCAUGGCCACUUUAUCGGUGGCCGCCAUUCUUGUUGUGUUGUUUCUUUCUGGUGUGAGCGAAGUCAGAUCCGACGCCUCCGAUCACCGUUACAAAGCUGGAGAAGCAGUUCCUCUUUACGCCAAUAAAGUCGGGCCUUUCCAUAACCCUAGUGAAACAUACCGCUAUUUCGAUUUGCCGUUCUGUAUCCCAGAUCAUGUGAAAGAAAAGAAGGAAGCUCUUGGUGAAGUGCUGAAUGGAGAUCGUCUAGUCAGUGCUCCUUAUAAGCUCGACUUUCUAGUGGAUAAGGAUUCCGAACUUAUCUGCAAGAAAAAAUUGACAAAGGAAGAUGUAACUAAGUUUAGAGAUGCAGUAUCAAAAGAUUACUACUUCCAAAUGUAUUAUGAUGAUUUGCCAAUAUGGGGUUUCCUUGGUAAAGCAGACAAGGAGGGCAAAAUGGACCCAAGCGAGUACAAGUAUUAUCUGUAUAAACAUAUUCAUUUUGACAUCUUUUACAACAAGGAUCGUGUUAUUGAAAUCAAUGUUCGAACUGAUCCUAACUCUUUAGUUGACAUUACUGAGGAUAAAGACGUUGAUGUGGAAUUUAUGUACACUGUAAAGUGGAAAGAGACUAACACUCCUUUUGAGAAAAGGAUGGAUAAAUAUUCACAAUCUUCUUCUCUUCCUCAUCAUCUAGAGAUCCACUGGUUCUCCAUCAUUAACUCAUGUGUCACUGUACUCCUCCUGACUGGAUUUCUUGCCACAAUUCUCAUGCGAGUUCUUAAGAAUGAUUUUGUCAAGUAUGCACAUGAUGAGGAAACAGCUGAAGAUCAGGAAGAAACUGGAUGGAAAUAUAUCCAUGGGGAUGUAUUUAGGUUUCCAAAGUACCAAUCGUUGCUUGCAGCUUCUCUUGGAUCUGGCACCCAGCUGUUUGCCCUUACGUUUUUCAUAUUCCUACUUGCCCUAGUAGGAGUGUUUUACCCAUAUAACCGAGGAGCCUUGUUCACAGCUCUUGUUGUCAUUUAUGCUCUCACAUCUGGAAUUGCUGGCUACACUGCAACCUCCUUUUAUUGCCAAUUGGAAGGGACAAACUGGGUAAGGAACCUCUUAUUAACGGGUUGCCUGUUUUGUGGGCCUUUGUUUCUGACCUUCUGCUUCCUGAACACGGUAGCAAUUGCGUAUAAUGCUACUGCAGCUCUUCCUUUUGGGACUAUUGUAGUGAUUCUUCUUAUCUGGACACUUGUGACGUCACCAUUGCUUGUUUUGGGUGGGAUUGCUGGAAAGAAUAGCAAGGCUGAGUUCCAAGCUCCAGUUCGCACAACAAAAUACCCCAGAGAAAUUCCACCACUGCCAUGGUACCGUGGAACUGUCCCUCAGAUGGCAAUGGCUGGAUUUUUGCCAUUUAGUGCGAUAUACAUAGAGCUCUACUACAUAUUUGCCAGUGUUUGGGGUCACAGGAUUUAUACUAUAUACAGCAUCUUGUUCAUCGUCUUCAUUAUAUUGAUUAUAGUUACCGCUUUCAUCACUGUGGCAUUGACAUACUUCCAACUUGCUGCUGAAGACCAUGAGUGGUGGUGGAGAGCCUUCCUAUGUGGUGGUUCCACGGGUCUAUUUAUCUACGGCUAUUGCUUAUAUUACUACUACGCACGUUCUGAUAUGACCGGUUUCAUGCAAACAUCAUUUUUCUUCGGUUAUAUGGCUUGCAUUUGCUACGGCUUCUUCCUCAUGCUUGGAACUGUUGGUUUCCGUGCCUCACUUCUGUUCGUCCGCCAUAUUUAUCGGUCUAUCAAGUGUGAGUAGAAAAACAGUGGAACUUCAGGUCUGUGCCGGUGACAUCAUUACUCCACACGCCAUCACCAGUAAUGUUCUGGUGUUGUAACCAACGUCGUCAAAUCUCAUCAGGCAGAAGUAUGCUUAUCAACUUGGUCUGCAUCUCUGUGGUUGCAGUUUUAGCUUCACACGAGAUUUUGCUCCACCAGCCUUGUUGAUUAUUAAAUUCGGUUGGAUGAAGAACAAAGUCUCAGUUCUGGAGAAUUAUGGCAUGUAAUAGAAUACUAGAAUUGUACUUGAUCAAUUUUGAAGAGAUUUUUUGACAUUAAUUUGGAGAAAUAUCCGAUUUUAUAUAUACUUGUUUGUAUCCCUUAGUUAAUUUUCUUCUAGUUAGUACUCCAUAUGAAAUGAAAAUUUCAUCCUUUAGAUCUGGAAA